UCUUAAUUAAAGCGCCCCCAACGCUUACCCUUCUUUUCCUCGCGCUUGGCCAGCCGCCUCCUGCAGUCCUGCGGUUGUGCGCUGCGCUGCUAUUUCCACACCUCCCCCGUGCGGUGGUGGUGGUGGCCCAACCAGAGGUCAGCCGGGGGCGCUCGCUCGAGGCAUCGUCCCACACCGCGGGUCAUGGGCUUCCAGGUUGCCGCCGUGGCACCGUCGCCGUGCGCGCGCUCUUCCUCGUCGCCCUCCACCUCCUCGCGACCGCUGCCCGCCUUCCUCGGCGCCGGCGGCGGAUGCGCGGGGCUCGCAAGAUCCCGGUCGCCGGUUAACUGGGGAGCCGGCCUAAUGGUGCGGCGGCCGCGCCCGGCGCCGACGACCGCGAGGUGCGCGCUGAGCGCGAGCUUGGAUGGGAUGGGGGCCGGGGACGCGGAGUUUUUGAGGAAGAUCGAGGAACUCGCGGCGGCGGCGGGGGUGCAGCCGGCGGGCGCGGCGGGGUGCGGGUGGCCCGCCAGCGUGGAGCGGAGCGCGAGCAGCGUCGGGCUGCCGCUGUCGCUGCGGAUGCUGAAGCGGAAGAAGCAGCAGGCGCAGCAGCAGCGGCAGGUGGUGGCGCGGCAGUCGCGGUGGGACGAGGGGCUGCUGGGCUCCGCCGGGGAGUCGGUGGGCCGCGCCUUCUCCUCGAUGGUGCUCAUCGUGCGGGAGCUGCAGAGCUUCGCGCUGCAGCAGAUGCGCGACGCGCUGCUCUGCGACGACCUGCAGGGCGUGCUGGCGCGCGUCCAGGGCGAGAUGCACGCCUCCUUCGUCUGGCUCUUCCAGCACAUCUUCGCCGGCACGCCGGCGCUCAUGGUCUCCCUCAUGCUCCUCCUCGCCAACUUCACCGUCCACUCGAUGGGCCACAGCGUCGCGGCCGCGGCCGCCACCGUCCCGCCCGCUCCGCCCGCCGUCGCGGCCGCGGCGGCGCUCGUGGACAGCCAGCGCGCCGAGCCGUCGCGAAAGCGGUUCGACGCGGCUUCGGUCAAGACGUUCUCCGUCGGCAGGACGGCCUCGGUCGGCGGGAACAGCGGCGGUGGCGGCAAGGCGCCGCCCAUCGCGGGUGCUACCGGCGACGGCCGGUCGGACGAGUCCCUCUAUCGACUAAGCCGCGUGGCGCCGCAGCAGCCGUCGACGCCCGCUGGGGCGGGCAUCGGGGAGGCCGCGCCCGACGCCGCGGACGCGGACGAGCAGUCCAUUUGGGAAAUGAUGGUCACGGAGGCUUUAAGGAUGCAGGCCAGCGGGCGCGCCGAGGAGCUGAGCGACCCGGAUGUGCUGGGGAGCCUCGUCGCGCCGGUGGAGGCGGUGCUGGAGACGGAGGACCACGCGGAGCACGUUCGGACGCAGCAGAGCUACGAGCUGGCCGUCGCCGAUGAGCCGAACAACUCGCUCAUCCUCGCCAACUUCGCGCAGUUCCUCUACCUCGUGCAGAACGACCACGACGGGGCGGAGCACUACUUCGAGCGGGCGGUGCGCGCGGAGCCGGCGGACGCGGAGGCGCUGAGCCGGUACGCGACCUUCCUGUGGAAGGCGCGGAACGACCUCGCCGGCGCGGAGGACACCUACCAGGAGGCCAUCGCGGCCGACCCCGGGAACGCCCACCACGCCGCCGCCUACGCGCAUUUCCUCUGGAACACCGGAGCAUGCGCGGGGGCGGCCACGCGGCGAGACGCCUAGACCACAACAUCACACCGAUGCAGUCCAUGGCCCGGGCGGUGGAGUGGAGCUGACACAUGAUAUCGUCCCUUUACUUAGUUUGAUUAGAAGUGUGCGUGCGUGCCGUGGGCAGUGGAGUGAGUUGUGAUCCAGGAGGACAUGGCGGUGGUGGCUCUGCUUCUUCUUCCCCCGCUCCGGGAAUCCGGGCAAUUGGAGCUUUUGGCCGGGAUCGGGGACGACGGGCUCUCGGGUCCCGACGAGCCUGUCGGGGCCAACCGGCGGCCGGGCGGUAUGGACGGCUGUAGAAAAGAUUUGGUAGAGCGCAGUGGCGUGGAGCGCGACGAGGUGGCGUCGAUCAUGGACGGAUGUUGUGUUGAGUAUUGUAUAGCAGCUCGCAUCCUGUAAUUAUGUGGAUGUGGAAAAGAGAACGAAUAACUAAGUGAAUAAGAAGAUCGUGGUAAUCCCGGUGCAAUCCACCUCGAA